GUGUUCUUGGUUGCGAGAUUGAAUGCCCUCAUCGAAAUAAUAAAAAAACUCUCUUAUCCGUUGAUUGACAUUUGUACCCAGAGAGAAUAGAGAAUAAUUUCAUUAAACAUAAUAACCAGCAAAGUCACAUCUCUCACUCAUUAUUUUUAUUCUGUAAUCAAUGUAAAUAGGUCAGUGCAUGUAACAACUGUUGAGGUUAGAAAAGGCUGUAUUUCACUCUGCAAUAAAAAAAAGAAAAAUGUAUCAUGUGUUGUGUGUUCACUUCCAUCAAGUUGCCUAACGAGAAAUGACAUAUCAUUGGAUUGAUAAAGAUUGAAGACUCGUGUUGAAGUCUCGUGAUUCCAUUAUAGUAAUUGAUAGAGAUUGGUGAUAACGUCGUGUUGGCACUAGAGUCACUCGACUGUUCAUUUUUUAUCAUUCUUCCAAGUAGUGGCCAAGUGUACAUAAUUUUAGUGAGGCUCUUGAUUAUACUUUACGUAUCAUUAUCAAUAUUUAAUCAUAAAGCCAUGAAUUUCUGAGUUCUCCUGCCGACAAAGGGAGUAGAGGAGAUAUAAAUGUUCACUGGAUAUUCUGAGGUUUUUUCAUCGGGGCUUUUGAAUUAGAUCUGGACGAGAUUUAAUAAAAACAAUGAAGUUCGCUGAACACUUGUCAGCCCACAUCACGCCAGAAUGGCGAAAACAGUACAUAAGCUACGAGGAGAUGAAGGCAAUGCUCUAUACAGCUGUAGAGGAGGCACCCUCUGCAGAGAGUGUCGAGCCAGAAAUGAUCUCAAGACACUUUGCAUCAUUCGAUGAAGUGUUCUUUACGUUCUGCGAUCGUGAACUCAAAAAAAUAAAUACAUUUUAUUCCGAAAAACUUGCUGAAGCAACGAGAAAAUAUGCAGCCCUUCAGACUGAAUUGAAAACCGCCCUGGACCUUCAAGAAGGCAGUGGAAGGCACAAAGGCACUACAAAACCACAUCUCUCAGCGAGAAAAAUACGAGAACUGAAGCUUGGAUUUUCGGAGUACUAUCUCUCUCUAAUUUUGCUGCAGAAUUAUCAAAAUUUGAAUUACACUGGCUUCCGAAAAAUUCUAAAGAAGCACGACAAGCUAUUGAACGUUGACACUGGCUCGAAAUGGCGAAUGGAAUGUGUGGAAACGUCUCACUUCUGCACUUCAAAGGACAUCGACAAAUUAAUUCAGGAGACAGAGGCAACGGUGACCAACGAAUUAGAGAGUGGAGAUCGACAGAGAGCAAUGAAGAGACUCCGUGUCCCUCCACUUGGAGAACAUCAGAGCCCUUGGACUACAUUCAAAGUUGGAUUAUUCUCUGGGAGUUUUAUAGUUCUAUUUGUUGCUGUUGUGCUUUCUGCAAUAUUUCAUGAAAAUGGGGACAAUCUUAAAGUAGCGUUCCGACUGUAUCGUGGACCUCUACUGCUCGUGGAAUUUUUAUUCCUCAUCGGGGUCAAUGUUUAUGGUUGGAGAUCAUCUGGAGUUAAUCACGUAUUGAUAUUUGAAUUGGAUCCACGUAAUCACUUAUCAGAGCAGCAUCUCAUGGAGCUCGCAGCUGUCCUUGGAGUUGUUUGGACGCUGAGUUUACUCAGUUUUCUCUACAGUGCUAGCCUGGGAGUGCCACCUUAUGUCAAUCCACUGGUGCUUGUGUGCAUUAUGCUGGCAUUUCUCUUUAAUCCAUUCAAGAUAUUCCGCCAUGAGGCGAGGUUCUGGCUACUGCGAAUAUGUUGGAGGAUGAUAAUAGCACCAUUUGCCUACGUAAAUUUCGCGGAUUUUUGGUUGGCCGAUCAGCUGAACAGUCUCGUAACACCUCUGAUGGAUUUCCAUUUUUUGAUAUGUUUCUACCUGACAAAUGGAGACUGGUUGAAUGCUGGAGAUACGAAUCACUGUGGAUCUGGUUCUUUAAUUGUUCGACCAAUAGUGAACUGUGUGCCCGCAUGGAUUAGAUUUGCACAGUGUGUCAGACGGUAUCGUGACUCAAAAGAGGCAUUUCCACAUCUUGUCAAUGCGGGAAAAUACGCAACUACAUUUCUGGUUGUUAUUACAGCAACCUUGAGAUAUUAUCAUGAUGAUGAGUAUAAAAAAAAUCACUGGGAGAGCCCCUGGCUAUGGAUGUGGGUCGUGAGCUGUUUAAUAAACUCGAUAUACUCGUACACUUGGGAUAUAAAAAUGGAUUGGGGUUUAUUGGACAGUAAUGCAGGUGAAAAUAAAUUCCUUCGAGAAGAAGUUGUGUAUUCAUCCGCUGGAUUUUACUACUUUGCCAUUAUUGAGGAUUUCUUGCUGAGAUUCAUUUGGAUAGCCAGUUUUGUUCUUGUGGAUUACGGAUAUAUUAGUGGAGACUUGAUGACCUCAAUUGUAGCCCCUUUGGAAGUCUUCAGGAGAUUUGUUUGGAAUUUCUUUCGACUUGAGAACGAGCAUUUGAAUAACUGCGGUAAAUUCAGAGCAGUGCGAGAUAUAUCGAUAGCUCCAAUUGAAAGCUCCGAUCAAACUCAAAUACUGAGAAUGAUGGAUGAUGAUAAUGGAGUUGUCAAUCGCGGUAAACGCAAACCUGGUGGUAAAAAAACAUCGAAUGCUAAAGAAGAUAGACGUGCACUACUCAAGGAGGAGACAAUCGAUAUGGACGUGUCCAAUGCCAGCUGAGACACACUCAUAUUUAGGAUGAAAUUGUAUACCUCGAGGGGGUAAAUAGCUCAUUUGAAUAUUAUUAGUGCUCAUUUUUUUAAAUCAAUCAUGUGGAGAAAUUCAUAUAAGAUAAUGUAAAUAAUUCGAAGGGUCUUGUGAAUCAUUACGAUGACAACUCUGUAAAUAGUUAUAAAUGAGCCACGAUCAUGUCCAAUUUCGGACGUAAUUUUCAAGUUAUUCAUUGCCGUUUUUAUUUUUGAAAUGUUGGUACCAAAACUUUUACUGUACAACAUAUAUCUGUAGAAUAUUUCGGGAAUCAUGAGAGCAGACAAAUAUAUUAAACAGUGGAAUUGAACAUUCGAUUGUUUAUUGAAUCGAGUGAUAACUCAACGUUUUUUGUUUGAUAGACUAGAUUGUUCGGAGUAAUUGGGUAACUCGCAAUAUUUGUUAGUGCACACUGUGCUUCCAUUUUAUUGGGUCUUUUGAUUAAUCAUGCCGGCAAUUUAUUUCUCACGCAAUUAUCAGUAUUUUAUACUCAAACGUUCCUUAAAAGAAUAAUUGGUACUUAUAGUAGUUUUUUUUUGUUUGUUCCGUAGAGAAUCAGUAAGUUCAAUAAAAGUGCAGUUGUUACUCUAAGGCACUUGUACUCAUCAAAAGCUCAAUUCAGUCUCAAAGGAUUGUAUUUCACAUGCAUUAUUAUUUUGUACACUUGUUAACGCGCAUUAAUUUUCAUCGAUGAAUAACAGGUCGCUAUUAAUUGACCGUAUUGAAUUUAUUAUUGUUUUUUGGGGAUCACCAUGAGAAACGAAUUGAAACAAAUGUGAUAUUUUUGAUUCAUAUUAUAUAUUUUUGCCGAACGGCAGUUCCAAAGGAAUUAAGAUUAAAAAAUCACGAUUAAACGUGAUUAUUUUCAUCUUGUGGUAAUAAAAAAUUCAUUAUAAAACUUAUCAUCUUUGCUUGUAGAAUGAAAUGACUAAUUGAUAAUAUGUAGAAUGUAAAUAGUACUUAGACCAACGGUGAAACCAUGGAGGAAAAAUAACCAAUGAUUAAACGAGAAUAUUUAAAUGAAUCGUUCGUGGAGCGCAACGAUUUGAAUACCAAGCUAUAUAUUUUUGUAAAAAUAGAGAAAAAAUAUGUACGUGCUGCUGUGAUUAUGAUAUAUGCACAUGUAUAAAUUGUUGAUGAUAUAAAAACGAAAUUCUUUCAAAAUAAUUGUAAGAGGUGUUAUUCCAGACUUGAGUGCCUUCACCUUUGAGAAUAAGCGUUCGUAUAUUGAUAUAAAUAGAAUGACAAACAGUGUAUGAAACCAAUGUUACAUUCUCUGUAUCUCAUUUCAUUAUACUCGCUGUCACCUAGUGUCUAAUGAGCAUCAUGUAUACUUCAAAUGUUGCGUAAACAAACAUAGAGUAAUAAACUUUGGAAUAAAGUGCGAAGAUGAUGAGAAAUAAUAAUGUGAAAAUUAGAAUUUCGCUCAGAUACUGCUAUUUAAAUGAUAGAUAAUAUUCUCCCCGACUUUGUGAUGUCUGCAACUAACAAAAUUCAUUCAUUCUCGUUCAACAACUAGAUGAAUAAUGACCAAAAAAUAUGUAAUAUUAAAUGAAUAAACAAGGAAAUUAUCUCAAUUGUUUUCAUUUAAUAAAAUGAUAAUCGUCUAAAACCUAAUCUAUAAUAUCCUUAAGAAUAACAAUCACUAUAUGACAUAAUGGCAUUAAAUUUUACAUUUUAUCAAUUAAAAUAAUCGAAAGAGGAGCAAAAAACAAAUAUUAUUAAUCAUUAGUCUUAUAUAACUAAACGAUACUGUACAAUAAAAUCCAAGAGCUCGAAAAAUGUCGAGCGUCAACCGGAUGAAAACAUAUAUAUAUUUAUGUAGUGUUCGACUGAUAAUCAUGAACGCCCGAUGGCCGACUCUUCCUUCGGUAUUUAAUCCCAAGGACGAUCUAAACAAUAAGGAAUAACACUGAUACCAAUUAUCCCUAUUCAAUCGAGCUCAAUAAUACAAAUGAAUUCAAUGGAUUUGAUUUACUACCAAUUCUCAUUCGCAUUCUAAAAAAAUGUCAACAACUGUAAGUCCAACUUGAAGGCUGACAGCUAUUACAUCGAAGAACAGAUAAUUCGUGAGUAACAACAGACAUUAUAUUGGUCCCGAGAAUUGUGUGAAUAAAUUCUUUAAAAUUACUUGAUGAUUUUCAUCUGAUAUAUAUAAAUGUAUUUAUUUCGUUUAUUUAUUCAUUUAUAUUCACUUAUUACAAUCAUUCGACUACUUGUCUAUCCCUCCAGGAUCUACAAUUUCAACUCGUGUUCAUGACUGUUUGCUAAUUGUGCUUGAUAAUUGUUCCACGGCCAUUUUAUGUAUCAAUCACGCUUCCAGUAAUUUUUUAAUCCUACGAUUAAUAACUACGACUACACUGUCUUCUUCCUCAGCUCGAGUCGACGAGUUUAAAUCGAGAGGUUGAAUCCUCUGAAUAUAUCACUUACGAAAUCAUUGCGACAUUUCCAAUUUCGACAUGUGAAGCCAAUCCGCAAAGAAUUCAUUGUGAUUAUUCAUUCUGCAUGGAGAAAAAAAUAAUCUUAAACACUGGUGAACGAGGACAUGGGGUAUUAUCCACGAGGCCAAUGAAUUUUCUAUCGACAUACCGGUCCUGCCAAGGUCACCGGUUCAUUAUACACAUGCUCAAAUACCCUUCCGCAUUCGAGUUCACAUUCUCCGAAUAGACAGAAAUCCGAGUGAUUGAUCAACGCCAAAUAAAAAAAACGUUCAUUGGUCAAUCGUAAAAA